AUGCUCAAAGUAAUAAUAAAGAGUGAACUGGGUAAGAUGGUGUCGACGAGGCAGAUGAGUAGCGUGGGGGGCGGCGGCGGCGAGGGCUCGAGCGCGGGUGCGGGUCCAUCGCACGCGGAGCCCGCGGCCGUACCGCGCGUCACCCGCCACUCCAGUGCGCAUUUGCCCGGCGGCUCCUCCCCGCACGGCGGUACCAAGUGCAGCACUCUGGUGCCUGCGCCGAAGACCUACUCCACAGGCCUUCUUGAUCUGCCUAUUGAAGUCCUAGAAAAGAUCUUUAGCUACUUGGGAUACAAAAGUGUCUCACAAUUGAGAAUGGUCAACCGCCAAUUCAACACAAUAUGUAGCAGUAUAUUAAAUUUUACAUUUCAAAAGUUGCAAAAUCAAAUGCUGCAUAGAUUUCAGUCGAUAAAGGCUAAAAUGCCUCGCAGAGAGUCUGCACGUCGAAGUCACCCUCUGGCUUGUGAAUCUGACAUAAUAGAGACGUUGCACAUGAGACUUAGUCUCCUGCAAAUGACGUUUGGCAAACACAUUGAGAGGAAACAUUGCUGUUUUUUCCCUGGAGAGAUUCUGGAUGAGGUGUACAGCAUCUUAUCAUAUUUAAAAACAACAACAAAACUAGCACGGCCUUACAAAGUGACAGAUGAACUUUUUGAUCUGACCACUAUGGCCAUGGAGUAUUUCAAGGAGCACAUUGAGCCCAACUUGCCAGAGAUCACAUAUUUUAGUACAGACUUUUUUGACAUCACCACGGCAUUUUCACCGGGAGAAAGCAGUAAGUCCUAUAACUGUCUAGACUCCCCUCCGCCGUCGGGCUUCGAGUCGUCGUCCGCGGCUGCGCCGGCGACGGCGGACCGCGGUGUCAACAACUCGUACUCGUACAUGGAGGAGUCCCUCCCGCCUUCGCCGCCGCCGCCACAGAGCAACAUGGUGCUGCGCAAACGGAUACAUCGCAUUAAACAGGGCAUGAAGAAAUACAACGAUCAGUUGUCGGCGUUGCGCAGCGAUCUGCGCAGCUGCAAGCGCAAGACUGCAUUGCAGCAAAAACAGAUCGCGGAACAGCAGAAGCAGAUUGCGGAGCAACAAAAACAGACUUUGGAAUAUGCCAACCGUCUCGACGAUUAUGAUAAGAAGAACGAAGAGACAAGCCGCAAGUUUCAAACUCUACUACAGGAGCUGAACAAGUGCAAGACGGAGCUGCAGUACUGGCGCAGCCGCUCGCCCGCCGUGCCGCCGCUGUGCGCCGAGUGCGGCGCCGCGCUGCGCUCGUCGGCGCUGGCCGCCGCCGCGCAGUGGGCGGCGGAGGUGGGCGCGGAGCUGAGCGACGCCAGCGCCACGGCCAGCGGCAGCGGCGCGGGGCCCGCCGGCGCCGGCGACACGCCGCUGCUGCAGCCCGCCGCCGUGCUGCCGCCGGUUAGUUCUCCCUCCCAGCCUAGCAGUAGCGCGAUACACCGCACGAAAACCAGCAUCUUUGGGACACUGAUGCCGCUGGCGGCCAAGGAGCCGGCGCGGGCCGAGUCGGGCGGCGAGGAGCCGCAGGCCACGCCGCCGCUGCGCCGGCGCGCCUCGUCGUCGGGCGACGGCGCCACGCCCGAGCGCAAGAAGCGCCGCCUCACGCGCCCGAGGAAGCUCUGAGCGCUCGCUCCUCGCGAAGCGACGGCGGUCGAGAAGUAACCGAUUCGCGAAUCGCUCGUCUGUUCCCGAAAGGGCUACUCUUCGUUUCCGUCGCUUUGUUGCUGCGGGUACCGUUUGUCGUACCAAAUAUGAAUUGCAAGGUUUGCCAAUUGAGUACGGUGGCAAACGGUCUAGCCUCUUGUCGCGACCUACCCGAAAUGCACUCUAAAUUCUGCGGCUACACCGCCGCACGGUAAGAUAGGAAAUGGUUCGCUAUGUUACGCUUUCACCAGUGAACCCCCUGUUGUCCAUGAGAACGUUACAUUUGAAUCGUGAGAAUUUGAAAAUGCGGCUUAAAGAUAUUGUAGAAAACGGAACGUACGAGGCGUAACCAAUUUCUCCAGCUUACCUCUAAAUGAGGCUAAAACUAAUAAUCACUGGUUUGCUUUAUUAUAGUAGUUUCAAUUGUCGUUUCGCCGGCAUUAAAACCAUGUGAUUGGCCAGAUUCGCUACCGCAUAUCACGUAACAUUAAAACGAUGUGAUUGUGCGGUUACAAUUUUUUUCACUGGGUGCAUGACGCGAAUAUGUAUAACACCAAUUUGCCAAACCGCGUUAGUAAUCAUAUUUCAAAAAUAUUUUCACGCUUCUAGCAACAUUUACAGCACAUUCUUUAUUAAAAAUGUGAAACGAAGUACGCCCUAAAGCGGCGCAUUUGUUCCGUAGUGUAUAACAGUAAGUCGUGAGGGAGUACAUGUUAGUUUUGGGUAGAGUAGUCUUGAUGUCGUGCCGCGACGGCAAACUCGCCCUUGACGCGGGAUAUAUCUAAGAGGAGUGGCAGAGAGCUUUGUCAAAUAUUCGUGUACAUGGUGUAGAUUGAACGCGAAUAACCACGUCUUAAUCAGGUCUAAUUGAGAGACUUCCUUUUUAUGAGUAACAUCCCAUUGUACUUGUGUUUUGUGCAUUCGUCUUUACUUCGGACGACUUGGCCAAUUGACAAUGGUCAAGACGGUGUCUUUAAAUAACCAGUGGCAUGUUAUUAUUAACACUAAGGCGCCGCGCAAACGUGUCUUGUGUUAGAUGCAAGCAACCGGCAACUGGCGACUGUAUCCGGUUUUUUGUAUGAAAAUAGAAUGUUCAUUUCUAAAGUCCGUUCUAAUCCAUUAUACUAGUAAAGUAAUAAGUAACACUCACGUAUAUUUUUAAGAUUUCGACUUGAUAUCUAAACACUUUUUCCAGCAAUUUGGUUGUGAAUAGUCUGUGGUUGCAUAGGGCUGUACGGAAAUAACUCAUUUGGUAAAUUCAAUUAAAGUUUUUGUAAUCGUGUUGCGAAUUGAAAAUUUAAUCACAGUGAACGAAUAUCCAAGUGUAAGGAUUUGAAGAAGGAUUUAAAAUGUUAGGAGAACUUUAAAUUUGCUUUUAUAGGUAAUGUAAGAAAAACAAUCUUAUGUAUGAAAUAUCAUCCCUUAGUAUUGAAUCACAUAUUUUUUAUAUUAAUCAGCAGCGGAAUUGAUGCACGCAUUUUGUUAUAUAAAACCCAGUUAUUCCAACUAUUUCAUUCAAUCGAAUCGAUUCAUUGAAUUAAUUAAUUGAUUUGUUGUUGGCAGUACAAUGAAUUGUAACACAAGACACUUGUUUGCGCAGCGCCUAAAUAGUGAGAUGUGUACAACGUAAUCCUAUUGGUUGUUUAAACACACCCCUCUCUUUUAUUCGGUCUCACAAUGACCAAUUUUAACGCAAAACAGACGGGAAUAAAUUAGAUUUUUAUUGUAUUAGUUUUUAUUUAAAAUUUCAUCGAUAGUACAUAUUUAAAAUUUAGGUUAUAGAUACAAUAGAGCAUAAUUCACGCAACUGGCUCUGUACAUAGUGGCAGGACAGUGCUAUAAUCUGUAUCUGGAAACCAGAACAACUUAGUGCAAUCGAGAGAAAGCUGUACACAAUAUCCAUUUUAGAAUGUCAUAUAAAUUCCAUUGUAGCUUACGUUCUAAAUGUUGAAUAAUUAGAUUUAUGUUUAGUAUUACGAAAACUGUUGACCGGGGAAAUAGAGCUCUAAACAAAAACAGACCAAUUAGUGUGCGAUUUCAAAUCGCAGAUUUUACGCAAUUUGAUUAGUAACAAUUAUAACGUUGUAUUUGUUGUUGCAUAUUUAAAACGCACCUAAAAACAAAAUAACGCGAACAUAAUGAACCGGAAAACAAAGAACAUUGUGAAAGUUGUUGUUCUUUCGUUUACAAACGAGAUAUUGAACCUUUAAACAAUUUUUGGUAUACAAUAUCAAGGCCCGUAUUAAUACAUUCAAGUACACGAUUAAUAUUCAGAUCGUACUUGUCACUUGAGUGACUGUCAAAUUUUCCGCUUAUUAAUAAAUCUCACUCAGCACUUGAGCGACAGUCGUAACAAUUAUAAUGCAUGCUAUCGUAUCGAUGGCUUACACUAUAAUUGUUUUCUAAUAGUUGCCCUGAGUGCACCGACGUAUGGGAAAGAAAUGUUACGUCGUACGGGGAAGCUCCUUUAUGCAUCCUAACGGUGCUACGGUUUUAAGGCAUAAUGCGAUACUAGCCAAAGUGCAGACUUGGGCUCUUGAUAUGGCAUCCAAGAUGCCCAUAGUUGUGCAUCUGUACUCUUCUGUACAUUUAUUUUACUUUUGACAUAAGCUCACCUACCAGUUUCAUAAAUAUUGACAGGCAAAUGGACAAAAAAAUGCAAUAUUUCAUGGGUGUUUAUUUUUCUUUACUAUAGUGAAGCGACGUGCUCUUUAGCUAUUCUAUUCUAUUUCCUUAAUGGCGGCCACUAGGAUUCAUCUAAAAAUAAAUACCUUGUUGCUACCGAAACGUUGACGUUUUGACAAAUAUUAACUGACAUCAUUAAUCGAAACUGACUGCUCUUUAGCUCCGAUAUUUAUCGAGCCGACAGAUUAUGUAACGAAGAUUAUAAUCAUGGCACCUGUCUAAUAAAUGAUAAA